CUCACUUUCUCUCUUGCUCUUUGCUUUAUUUGUGUUUUUGAAUGUGAUAGAUUGAUCUAAGGAGAAGGCCAUGGCAGUUGGAUUUGCAGUUACAAGCAAAGGCUCUGAUCAGUACAAUGGAAGGAUGACCCUGUUUGUCAUACUCUCAUGUAUGAUUGCUGCCAUGGGUGGAGUCAUCUUCGGCUAUGACAUAGGAAUUUCAGGUGGAGUCACAUCCAUGGAACCAUUUCUGAGGAAGUUCUUCCCAAAGGUCUACACUAGGAUUAAAGAAGACACCAGAAUAAGCAACUACUGCAAAUUUGAUAGCCAACUCUUAACCUCUUUUACAUCUUCACUGUACAUUGCUGGACUUGUUGCUACCUUCUUUGCCUCAUCGGUCACACGAGCCUUUGGGCGCAAACCAUCAAUUCUGGCCGGCGGUGCUGCUUUCCUUGCCGGUGCAGCCCUUGGUGGAGCUGCAGUCAAUGUUUACAUGCUUAUUUUAGGCCGUAUCUUGCUUGGAAUUGGAGUUGGUUUCUCAAACCAGUCAGUCCCUCUAUAUCUCUCAGAAAUGGCUCCACCACAAUACAGAGGAGCAUUCAACAUUGCCUUCCAAGUCUGUGUUGGCAUUGGAGUACUAUCAGCAAACCUCAUCAAUUAUGCAACUCAAAAGGUCAAAGGUGGUUGGGGCUGGAGAAUCUCCCUUGCCAUGGCUGCUGUCCCUGCUUCAAUCCUAACUCUUGGUGCCAUUUUCCUCCCUGAGACAGCUAACAGUCUGAUCCAACGCAGCAAUGACCACCAAAAUGCUAAGACAAUGUUGCAACGAGUCCGAGGUACAACCAAUGUCGAAACAGAGCUUAAUGAUCUCAUUAAGGCUAGUGAGAUCUCUAAGACCAUGGAGGAACACCCAUUUAGAAUGAUCUUACAGGCAAGAUAUAGGCCACAAUUAGUGAUGGCAAUUUCAAUCCCAUUCUUCCAACAGUUGUAACCGGCCUAGUGGGUACUAGCGCAACCUUCAUAUCAAUGUUGAUAGUGGACAAGUUGGGUCGU